GCAGGACGUGAUGACGAAGUACGCACCAGGGUGCGAGCCUCAGGGUGCAGGUAAGCAUGGCGCAGGAUUCACCUGGUGGAGAAAACGGACAAAAACAACAAAAACUCAGCCACAAACAGAGGAAAGCCUUGUGGAGGAAGGAGAAGAGACGAAAGAAACGCCAGGAAGAAGCAAGAGCAAGGGAAGAAGAGUUGCAAGAACAGGGAACAAGUGAAGCACCAGAGAAGGGAGAAGAGAGUGAAGAAGAGAAGAACAGACAAGAAGAAGCAGCAGAGAGGUACAUCAUCAUGACUGUGGUUGCUCAGAAGCUGAUUCAGGAGAGACAGCACCAGUUAUGGCUGGAGAGGGAGGCUCGGGCACAGCACGAGUUUAGAGUCAGAAGGGAGAGAGAGGAGACCAGGAGGAGGGAACAGGAAGAGCAGGAGAGGUUGAUCAGAGAAGAAUGGGAGGAACAACAGAGAAAGGAGAAGGAGGCAAAAGAAAGGAAGGAACGAGAGAAGAAGGAACAAGAGGUGACGGCCCUGUGUUCCAGAUUGAUAAUAUUUGGGAGGUUCUGGAGAGCAACAUCCACCUUAUCAGUAAAGCUUGGAUUGGAUGCAGGAUUCAACCAACAAUUGUGCAUUCAGAACUUGGGCAACCCUUGCAGUGGGCUUGUGCUCACCCAUGAUGCAUCUGUAUCCUACCAGGACAAGUUGAACAGGAUGUUAGCGUCUACAGGUACAUCAGGAAAUAAGAAGAAGGAUGAAUGGCACAACCCGAUAGCUCCAGCUGACUACAGCGCAGGUGGGGAGGUGCCUGCCCCAACAGGCAGGGCAGCAGAGGACUGUCCCUUCUUCAAGAAAACUGGUGCCUGUAGAUUUGGAGACAGGUGCUCCAGAAAGCACACCAGACCUGACACAUCCACAACUCUCCUUAUCCCUGGGAUGUUUGGUACCUUUGCCCUGGACCAGACCCAGAGGGAUGACUUUGAUGAGACCAUGUAUCUGGAGUAUGGGGAGGAUGAACUGUACAAGGACUUUAUAGAGUUCUACAACGACGCGCUGCCAGAGUUCAGGACACUGGGGAGGGUCAUACAGUUCAAGGUCUGCUGUAACCAUGAACCACACCUGCGAGGGAAUGUCUAUGUUCAGUACGACAGGGAGGAGGACUGCUUGGAGGCUAUCAAGAAGUUCCACGGUCGCUUUUAUGCAGGUAGACAGCUCACCUGUGAGAUGACACCUGUAACAAGCUGGAAGUCUGCUAUUUGUGGCCUGUUUUCUCGGAAGAAGUGUCCGAAGGGUAAGAACUGCAACUUCCUGCACGUGUUCCCCAACCCCGGGCGGGAGUUCCGAGACGCAGAUGAGGACCUUCACCUGGAGGGCCUGCGGAGAGACCAGCACGACAGCCGGCGCAGCUGGAGGGAGUUCAGCGAGCGCCGCGGCUCAGUCAGCUCCAGGUCUGUACAGUAUCUACUCACCUUUAGCCCUGUAGGCAAAGCCUACAUCUUCAGGGUCUUUGUAUCCGUACUCGCCUUCUGGUUUCUCGGCGUCAUGCGAUGGAGGCCCUUCCUGGUGCCCAGUGCUGACAUUCACAGGUUCUUCAUAUCCGUGAAUAUCUUCAGGUUUUCCGUAGUGAUGUGA